UACACUACAGCGGUAGACUUCCUUGGAGCGCUUGUUCCUCCGAAUAUUCGAGAUCAAGUAUGGUCGCUAAAACCUCUAAACUGCAUAAGCAUCGAGCAGAAAUGCUACUGUUGCUGUGCUCCAUAUUUUCCCAAUCCUUGCGAUGCCCAGUGCACUCUUCGACCAUGCAGCCGACGGCAGGCUUUCUCCUCAACUCAGAUCAAAAUCCUCCGCCGAAAAUGGCUAGCGCAACUUCAGGAAGAAGAGACCUGAUAACUUUGGACCAAUCGUUUCAACAUCACCACUAUUUAUAGGA